CAGAGGGGUGGGACUUCCGGACCCGGUGACACCUCCCGGGACCGUGAUGGUAGAGCCGCUUCCUUCUAGGCGGGCAGAAAUGGACUCAGAAAUCAAGGAAGAAAUUCCUGUCUGUGAGGAAUUCAUUUUAUGUUGUGGAGCUGAAACCCAGGUUCUAAAAUGUGGGCCCUGGACUGACCUCUUCAAUGAUCAAAGUGCCAACAAGCCUAAGCUGCUCAUUUUCAUUAUUACUGGUAACCCAGGUUUUUCUGCCUUUUAUGGGCCAUUUGCAAAGGCUUUGUACUCUUCAAUGAACAGACGCUUUCCAGUGUGGGUUAUCUCUCAUGCUGGGCAUGCCGUGGCCCCCAAAGACAAGAAGAUUCUUACAAACUCAGAUGAUCCAAAUGCUCAAGAAAUUAAGGACAUCUAUGGACUCCGUGGUCAAGUAGAACACAAGCUAGCCUUCCUGAGAACUCAUGUGCCAAAGGAAGUGAAACUUGUGAUCAUUGGCCAUUCAAUAGGCAGCUAUAUUUCCCUGCAGAUUUUGAAGCAUGCCCCUGAGCUCCCAGUAUGGCAUGGGAGCUUCUGUAAUAAGCCAAAGUGAGAGUUAGAGAUUCAGCUUUUUCCUCUUUCGUAACCUCCUACCCUCAGGAAAGUGCUGAGGAGCUUCUUGUGCCCUAUUACAGAGAAGAAAGGCUCUGAGGGCUUCAGUGACGUUAUGUGAAUGUGAUUGACGUUGAUUCAGAAGAGAUUUCGUAAAAACUUAGGGACAGAUUCUGCUUAUCUGAAUGCCAGGGGAAUUCUCCUCAGGUCCUCUGAGGGAGAUGGCCUCAACUUGUCCCCUUCAGUCAUGGUCCUUGCGCCUGCCCUGUACAUACCUCGUGCUUCCUUCUGACUGUGAGUAUAUCUUGUCUACUUCCUUUCUGCUUUUUCCUACCACCACCUAACAGAUGCCUUCUGUCCAUCUUUAAAAUCAUCUCAAGUGCAAACUCCUAUGUGAACUCUUUCCUGAUUCUUCCCAGUCACUUUUACUGUCUUUCCUUUGUAACCCCUUUUCUCAUAAUUCUUACAUAUUUCCACCUUGGAUUAUAGGCAUUACAUAUUUAUUUGAUCCUAUUAGAUUUUUAGCUUUCCUUUUUUAAAAUUGAGGUAUAAUUUACAUACAAUAGCUCUUUCUCUCCUUGCUUCAGUCUGGAUAUUUUCUCCUGACCUCUUUUCUCGUUCACUAAUCCUCACUUCAGCUAUGUAUAAACUCCUUUUUUUUUUUUUUUGGUAAGAAAGAUUAGCCCUGAGCUAACAUCUGUUACCAAUCCUCCUCUUUUUGCUGAGGAAGAUUGGCCUCGGCUAACAUCUGUGCCCAUCUUCCUCUACUUUAUAUGGGACACCUGCCACAGCAUGGCCUGACAAGCUGUGCGUAGGUCCGUGCCUGGGAUCCAAACCUGCGUGCGAACUUAACCACUACGCCACUGGGCUGGCCCCUGUAUAAACUCCUUUUAAACCCAUCUGUUGCAUUCUCAAUUUCAGUUGUUCUAUUUUUUGCUUGUGGAAUUUCCAUUUUAUUAUUUUUAUAGUUACCAAUUCCUGAAAUUCUUUCUUGUCAUUUAAUUUCUUGAUCGUAUUAAUCACAGUUAUUUUAAAGACUGUAUUCUCCUUUGUAUUGUCAACAAUUUUUUAAAAGUACAAUUAUUCUUAAAAAAUAAAAAUUCAGAGAUGACAUAUUUGAAAUCAAAAUAAAGAUUGUGACUGAUAAUUCCACUAAUUCUCGUGUGGUUGCAUUGCUUCUUCCUUCUUUGUUUUUGGUCAUGUUGCUUUGUCCCUCAGUAUUCUUGUGUAUUAGUUAGGAUUCUCCAGAUAAACAGAACCAAUAGGAUGUGUGUAUAUAUAGAAGGAGAUUUACUCUAAGGAAUUGGCUGUCACAAUAAGGGAAGUUGAUAAGUCUCAACAUCUGCAGUCAGCAGGGUGGAGACCCAAGAGAGCCAAUGCUAUAAGUUCUAGUCUGAAAGCAGGCAGGCUCCAGACUCAGGAAGAGUUGAUGUUUCAGUUGAGUCCAAAGGCAGAAAAAAACCAUGUCCCAGCUCAAAGGCAGUCAGCAGAAGGAAUUCUCUCUUGCUUAGCCUUUCUGUUCUGUUCAGACCUUCAACUGAUUGGAUGAGGCCCACUAACAUUGGGGAGAACAAGGUUUUACUUGUCAACCAAUUCUAAUGUUAAUCUCACCCAAAACACCCUCCCAGACACACCCAGAAUAAUAUCUGAGCUCCCUGUGGCUCAAAGUGACACAUAAAAUUAACCAUCACAGCUUAGUAAGAUUUUUUUGAAUUGAGUACCUGACAUUGUAUAUGAAAAAUUGUUAAGACAAUAUGAGGCUCUUAUCUUCCUCUAGGGAGGAUUUACCUUUGCUUUCGACUAGCAGUUAGUAAGGACAGAUCACUUUAAUGCCAUCAGAAAUUGGGCUGAAUCAAAGCUAUCUUUCUGAGGCUGGUCUGUUUCCAGUUCAUCACUAUUUCUAGGAGGUAGCCCUCUAGCUGUUCCCACUGAGAGCUUAGGGUGCCUUCUCUUUAAGGGGCACCAAACGCCCAAGUUUUGACCCUCGAGCCCCACCAAAUUUCCAGGAACUCUGUUCAGCUUCUUGGCAUCUUAGGUACUGCUCGCGAAUCAGCAAGUAACUAAGAGCUACUUCAGCACACCUCUCUGUGUUUCCUUUUUCUCUAGGAUUUUAGCCGUUCAAAUCCCCUCUGCCUUUAAGGCUUUCAAAGGCACUUUUAAAAAAUAUUUUCCAGCUUUUCUAAUUGUUCUUGGCAGGAAGAUUGCCCUGCAAUAAGCUAGUCUGCCAUCCCCACGCCCCAUCUCCGCCAUUACCAGCUGCUGCCUAGCCGCAGGUGCUUCCAGCUUUGCUGUGGAGAACCGGGCCAUUUUGAGGGUUUGAUUCUUU